GGCGAGUGGGGAGAGACAGUAAUUUUUUCCUCUGGUCCUAAGGGGUCUCCUUCUCUAUAUAAGGCUCUCAGAGUUGCUCAGGAGUUACACAGUCUCUAUGUUCCUCAGGAACACCACCAAUAGCAGCAGCCUGCUCCUCUCAUAAGAGAAUUAACAGCUUUCCGGCGCUCAGAGAGAGCUGCACCGAAAAUACUCAAUCUUCUGGAUACUAACAAAGAAACAGAGAGCCUCCUGGUGAGCUGGAGAUGAGGUCAGUCCGUUUUUGGAUCAGGCAGGAGCUCCAGAAGUUGAAAAAGGAGUCAAGUUUACAUAGACGAGAUGUCGAUACAUUUUAACUGGAACUGUGAAAGGAGCCUCUCUAUAUCCACAAGCUGCUGUCUAGUCAUAAAGUAUAAACUACGCAGCUCAAGUGUCAGGAUGACCUGCGCUACAAUGACCUGGCCCCUUGUCCUCGUCCUCGUGCUGUUGUGCAUCAGAGACUCGGCUUCCCUCUUCCUGCCAGACUCCAGUGAGCUCAGGAAGCUACUGAGCCGCUAUGGGGAGGAAGCAGAGCAGAAAGGCACCAGCAACACAGCUGGUAACAGGACCCGCCGAGCCAUCCUCUGGUCGGACCGUGAGGAGAUCCUGCAGCUGCACAACAAGCUGAGGGGUGGGGUUUACCCCACUGCUUCAAACAUGGAAUACAUGAUUUGGGAUGAUGAGUUGGAGCGAUCUGCCACUCAGUGGGCAGAGGAGUGUCAGUGGGACCAUGGACCUCAGGACCUGCUCAUGUCUAUUGGACAAAACCUGGCAGUUCACUGGGGCAGAUACCGUUCACCUGCCUUCCACGUCCAAUCCUGGUACGAUGAAGUGAAGGACUACACCUAUCCCUACCCUCAUGAGUGCAAUCCCUGGUGUCCAGAACGUUGCUCUGGGCCAAUGUGCACUCAUUACACCCAGCUGGUGUGGGCAACUACUAACCGAGUGGGCUGCGCUGUGCACGUGUGCCCAAGGAUGAACGUGUGGGGAGAAAUAUGGGAGAAUUCUGUUUACCUUGUGUGCAACUAUUCCCCAAAGGGCAACUGGAUUGGAGAGGCCCCAUACCAGCAUGGCCGACCUUGUUCCCAGUGCCCUCCAAGCUAUGGAGGAGGAUGCAGAAAUAACCUUUGCUACAAAGACUCUCAGCAGCCAGAGAUUGAAGACAUGAAUGAGGUGGAGAAGCCUCAGGUCCCACUGCCACCUCGUACCACUGCCAGACCUAAAACUAUUGCUCCAAAGAAACCAGUGUCCAGACCCUCCAGUCCCAAGAACCCUAAUCCCAGGACAACGCCUUCGAAAACUCCCAGCAGCACUUAUCUUGCUCACAAUAUUAAGUGUGAGACAAGACUGCGAGAUAAGUGCCGCAGCUCAACCUGCAGCAGAUACAACUGUCCUGCUAACUGUGUGCAUAAGAAAGGAAAAGUUUGGGGAACUGUCACUUAUGACGUGCAAUCAAGCAUUUGCCGAGCUGCUAUCCAUCAUGGUGUGAUUGACAACAACGGAGGACUGAUCGAUAUCUCGAGAAUGGAUAAGUUACCAUUCUUUGUCAGAUCUACAAAGAAUGGCAUUGAGUCUCUCAGUAAAUAUAAAGCUGGAAAUGCCUUCACAGUGGCCAGAGUGAAAGAAAUGACAGCUGAUUGUUACACCACAGUGGCUGAAAUCUGCCCUUACAAAGAACCAAACUCACACUGUCCAAGAGUCUUCUGUCCAGAGAACUGCAAGGCUCAGCCCUCAUACUGGUCACCUGUUAUUGGAAACAAGAUUUACACAGAUAACUCCAGCAUUUGCAAAGCAGCCAUCCAUGCAGGCGUAAUCAAACCCAAUGGCGGUUUUGUUGAUGUUUUGCCUCUGGACAAGAGAAAGAGCUACACAGGAGUCCUGAAAAAUGGCAUCCAAUCUGAAAGCAGAAGCAACAUGGAGGGAGGAUCCUUCCGAGUCUUUGCUGUGAGGCAGUGAGACUUAAGUUUAGUAAUCUGAAGACCAACAGAGUCACCUCAGCUGCUCUCGAAGAGAAGAAAGUGCCCAUAGCUUUGAUGCCAUGGCUGUUUGUCUGUCCCAUCUGGUUGACAGAAACUUUCCCCACUCAGUUAACAAACAGUAGUCAUACAGUAAAAUUCAUCCAGCCAUCCAACACAUUGAUAGUCCUUCAUGUUUCUUCAUCUUUUCUUAGACUUACAUAAUCUGUGAAUACAGAAUUUUUUUUAUAAAUAUAUUAUAUAAAAUGCAUUGAACAGCUGGUGCUGGAAGUUUUGAGUUAGACUUGUUUUACAGAAAGCAAUAUGUUUACAUUGGUGUUCUUAUUACAAGUGUCAUUUGUUUUUCAUAGAAAGGAAUGUAUCCAGAUCACACUGUAUUUAAUCAUUGUGUACAGAAUAUAUUAUAUUUUGUUUGUUUUAAGAAAUAAUAACAUGUUUAAGUUCUAGCCAUUUUAAAAAAAAAUAUAGCCCUCUUCUUCAUCAUUGCUUUUCUAAUUCUUAGCAGCGAAGUCCAAGUUUAGAGUGAGCAAAGAUGUUUUGCUGGUUUGGUAGACCUGAAAUUUUGAAGCAGAUACAAAUAUUCUGCGAAAUGAAUGUGUAUAAAGGCAGCAGGCACUGCUGGAGAGAAGUAAUAUUUUCCUUAAGAAGACUAGUGUUGCUUCAGUGCCUGCCAUGUGGAGGUGUUCGGUUAAUGGAGAGCUGGUGUAGGUGAGACAGUUUGUGCACUUAUAAUAAUAUGUAGUAACAUCCCAAUUUAUAUUUAUUAACUGCUCAGUGCUUUCUUCUUUUCUUUGUUUCUAAUAAAUAUAUUCCAUGAAAAUGCAAAAUGCUCCCCACCCCUUCCCACGUGAGACCGUUGAAUGUGUUGCAUGUUUCAGGUACAAAGAGUGCUUUUUGUUUAGAGACUGGACCACGUUGUGAAGGUUUGAAGGUUUUACAGAUUUUAAUUUGUCAUCAAACUGAAACUCGUGCACUUAAAUAACUAACACUGUGCAGAACACAUAGGAGACAAGUGUAAUAUCUCUCACCAUAGUGGAUUAAAGCACGGUUGCGUUUGGUCAGGUCUGAUUAAUAUUUUUGCUCUGUACCCGUCUUCAUUUAGCUCUGUGAUAUAAUUUUACAUGCACAGAAAUGAGGGAAUGAUACUUAUUAGAAACUAAUGAAAUAAAUGUAAAGUCCAUUUUGUGUAGAAGCGCUGCCCUCCUGCAAAACACACCCAACAUCAUAGUCCCAUUUAGCCUGUUUAACCUACCUGCUGGUUUUCUUCUUUUCCUACUUCCUGUCUCUUUGUCCUACCUCAGUCCUAUCGCUGUGCUUAGUAUUUAGGUCUUUUCUAUGUGGGAAUUUUGUGGAAAACGCUAAAGGUUUUGUAAAGUUGUAGGAUCUGUAAAUACUAAGAUUUUCAUUUUUUGAAUCAUCUUUAUACAGUAAGAUUAAAAUUAAGUAAUUGUGUGAAUUUGUUUCAGUUGUCUUGGAUGUAUUGCGUUUAUACAGGUUAAGGAUGCCUUCUAUACUUUUUGCACAGUUUGAAAAUCGAGUGUCUUACAAAUCCCAAUGUACACAUUUCUUUUCUUUUAAAUUAAAAAGUCUUGUCAAAUAUGAUAUUUUAGAAAUCA